CGUUUGGUUCCUGUGACAAGAACCAAAUGAACAGAGGUCAUGCAGACUAUAAUCGUUGGAUUUACCCUUUUCUUAAUUAUCGUUUUCAAAACUGCAGAAUCUUAUCCUCGAUGUUCAAAUAUUUCUAAUGUGCAGCGUUUAGAUUGUUAUCCAAAUGUUGGUUCUAAUGAAGGUGAGUGCAUCAAAAGAGGAUGUUGUUGGGUACCUAGAAGUGAACAUGAUGGAUUGCCAUAUUGCUAUUUUCCAAAAGAUUAUUCUGCAUAUACUGUGAUAUCAACAGAGAAAACUAAACAUGGUUUUAUUGGACAACUGAGUAAAUCUAGUCCAAUAUAUUAUCCAGAUGAAAUAAAAAAUAUUGCUGUUGAAAUUAGAGAAGAAACUUCAACUAGACUUCGUAUACGAUUUACUGCGCCUUCACAACCAGACAGAUGGGAACCAUCUAUUCCGCUAGGAAAUGUAGACAAUACUCCUGUAAAAGAUUUGCAAUAUAAAGUUGAAAUGGAGAAAUCACCCUUUGGACUAAAGAUGCUGAUGUCCUGA